GGAUGCUGAGGGGAGGGGGAGGAGUAGGCGGAAGUAGGAAGUGGAUUCCCGAAAGGAGGAAGAGGGGAAAAAAAAAACCACUCAACACGGAACACAAACAAGCCGGGAUUUUAAAGAAGCAGUAGACGCCAUAGAACCGGAGCUCACUUUCCUUCCACUUUUGCCGGCCCCAAAGCGCCGCCAUGUCCAACAUGGAGAGUAUCCUUGGUAACGCCGGAGGGGGGAGGCGGGGGAGGGGGGACCUCCGGAACGGAGCCUGAGGGGGCAGCUGGAGCCCCUCCCCCGCUGCGGUAGACAGGGGCGAAGGGCGUGGCUAUUGGAACCACCCGGACGGCAGAGGGAGCUCUCGAUUGGUGGGCUUCGGGUGUUCUAUGGGUGGGCGGAGCUCCGGAGCAGACCUUUCCCCACCUUGGUGUUUCCCUCCGGGAGCGACAGCUGGGGGAGAGGGCUCUAACCCCUUCCCCAAAAACUCCUCCUAGGAGGUGUACUGCUCUGUUUACAAUAAUAGAGAGGGCGGGGUGGGUGUUAUUGCACUUUUUGCAUACUUGUUUUAAAUAAUAAUAAUAAUAAUAAUAAUAAUAAUAAUUUAUUUAUACCCCGCCCUCCCCAGCCAAGACCGGGAUCAGCGUGGCUAACAACCAAUAAUAAAAACAAGUUGAUUAAAAUACAAUUUAAAAAGAUUAAAACACAACAUUAAAACAUUAGGAUGCAGCCUCUUCACAGGAGGAGAAAGGAAAAAAGAAAGAGGGGGAGGGAAUCAAACUGAUUCUAAGCCAAAGCCAGGUGGAACAACUCUGUCUUACAGGCCCUGUGGAAAGAAAUUUAUUUAUUAUGUCAUUUUUCAUCCAAGAAGCUUUUGGUUGUCCUCCCCAUUUUUUUUUAAUCCUCACAACAAACCUGUGAGGUAGGUUAAUCAGAGAGGCAGAGGUUGGCCCAAGACCACCUGGUGCGGUUCAUGGCUGAGUAGGCAUUUGAUCCCUGGUCUCCCAGGUCCUAAUCUGACAAUUUUUUCCCCUUUUCCUUUAGAUGAUUUUAUUAAUCACUGUGCCACACUAGCGCUCUUCCUCCCACACACCUUUGCCUGUGUGGUAAGAUGCUUUGAGGGGGUGGGGGCUAAACUGGCCCUAAGCUCCUGCUUUGUGGCUGAAUUGUACUUUGAACCCAGCUCUGAUCCAGUGCUUCAGCCUGUACACCACUAUGGUUUAAUGGCACUACUUCCUAAGGCAAAAGAAAGUAUCUGUGGUGGUACCAUAAAAGCUGAUUGCAGGUUUAUUGCAACAUUGGCUUUCGUAGAUGCACCAGUUUGUGCAUCUGUAGAAGCAGAUCUGAAGGUAUUCUUACAUGAAUGAGUACAGAGAAAAUAAUUGCAUACAGUGGUGGGUGAAGAAGACAUGAAAGGUGGCCUUUCUUUUUUUCAAAACACCCUGUAGCAUAUACAAUGUAAUUGUACAGUGGAACCUUGGUUCCCGAACUUAAUCCAUUCCUGGAGUCUGUUCGAUUCCCAAAACAGUUUGGGAACCAAGGUGCGGCUUCUGAUUGGCUGUAGCAGCUUCCUGCAGUCAUGUUCAGCUUCCAAAGAAUGUUCAAGAACUGGAACAAUUACUUCUGAUUUUCGUUCAUUCAGGAGCUGAAACGUUCGGCUCCCAAGGCGUUUGGGAGCCGAGGUCCCACUGUACUGUCCAUACACAAGUGUAAUUGGUGAUAGUGUGACCUUCUGUGCUUUGUGCUUCUUUGUGGCUGUAUGUGUAUGUGUCUCUGUGAAGUGCGGAUAACAUUUAAUUUACAAUGUCUAGUUCAUGGAAGUUUCUGCCACAAGCCAUUAGGUUCUAGCAGUGCCUUAAAGACUUCUCUCAGUGUGCUCCCUCUCCCUGUUCUUGUCAUAGAUUAGCAUGGUUACCCCUCUUGGGCUUGCUAAAAUAAACAGGAGCAAUACAAUUUCCUUCUAGGAUUUUCCCCACCACAGUAGUCCUUCUCAAAUUAGGGCUUGGGAUCUGUGAGUCUAUGCCAUUCAUUUGCAGGGGUCCCCUCUUCUCCUCUCCCUCUCCCCCAAAAUUAGGCCACACACUCUUAGAUGUUGGGCUCAAAUAUCUCAUCUUAAGAUCUGUUGCUCUGCUUAGCCCAGGACUAGUAAGGCAACAAGUGGGAGACCAUAGUGUUUUCUUUGUUAUCUUUUAGCAGCAAAUACAGUUUUCAUCCAUGUGUUUAAAAAUCUUGUGCAGUCAAGUAAAUGAACAUAAAUUUAUCUCUUUCCCCCACCCUCGUCUCCUUUCCUCCUCCUCCUCCUCCUCCUAGUUCCCAUUCUCUCCCCCCCGCCCGGUUGCCCAUAAUGGAAUGUCUGUCACUAUAGGGUGUGUCCUACCCUUUUUUGACUGUUUCUUAGGAGUCCAGACCAGUAGGCUCCACUCUAUAUGUCUGGAAAGAAGCACACUAUUGAUGUGUUUCUGUGAGUCCUUUUAAGCUGUAGGAAAUGACACCAAAGGGGUAGUCACUUCGAGUUGGGGCAAGGGCAAGAACACCAACAAGUCUGAUUGGUUUUAUGCUGGGGUAAUGUGUAGUAUGGCUCUCUGAGGUGUGGCUGCUGUUUAUGCCCAUACUUGGUUGGUUAGUGGUCCCAGGACUGUUCAGAUUGUGAGACUGAUUCAGUCCUGUUGGGCUGGUACCCUGGGUGAGAGACUAGGUGGGGAGUUUGUUUGUUUUCCAAAAGAGAUUUGGGUGAACAAAUUAUUUAACUAGUGUUGUUGGUAAGACUGUUUGCUUCCUGUUACUGCCUGUACUGUGAGUCUAUGGUUGGCUGGAGCAGUGUGCGCUUCUGGAGGGGAGGGUGCUUGACAGGUGUGUCUGGGAGGGACACAGAUCUCAAGUAUUCCUGUGGGUGCAGGGAGAGAUAGACAUAGCUGUAUGGGGGUAGGUCUGCAAGACACUUGCAGAUGCUUGCAUUAUGUUGCCUGCUUCCCAUCUGUAGUAUCACUUGAAGCUUGUCCAGUGUGCCUAUUAGUCUGCUGUUGUUUCUGAAUGCUGUUGAUUCAUAAUAAGACCCUGGGGUUUUUUUUUGUUAUUUUAAAAAAUAUUUUUUAUUAAUUUUCUUUUCUCAAAACAAGUAUCCAAUAUCAUUGCUAAACAUACAUUUUCCAAUUUCCCCCCUCCCUGUUAACUUCCCUCAACUACCAUUUCUGGUUUAUUACGUCAGAUGAUACAUUCUGCUGUUUAUAUACAAUAUUAUGUUAUCAAAUUGUUGUACUUCUUGUUCUCUGUAAAUAAAAUUGUAAAUGUUUAUUUAAAUCCUGCCAGCGAGACCAUUUCUGUUGUUUCUGCAGAUAUAUUGUAAAUGGUUCCCAUUCUUUUUCAAAGUCACUAUUGUCCCAUAGUAAGACCCUGUUGAUCUUCUAGAUGAUCUGGAUGUUGAUCAAUUCUGGAUGACAGACUGGGCAGGGGUAAUCAGGAAUAUCUUCGGAAGCUCAUCCAGUGUGCCCAAUGGUCUGGUGUUGUUGUUUCUCAAUGCUACUCCGAUUCAUAAAAAGACCAUGUUGAACAUCCUAACAUGAAUGAAUAGCUGAUGUAGUCUGUAUUGCAGGGCUAGGUCGGCCUGAUCUGACACAGCUUUGCCCAGCUGGAUACCCUGUGGAACACUAGUUCAGACCAGAGCCUCUGAGAGGAGAAGAUGUCAUAGUUUAUAGAAGUUCUCUUUCCUUUACUAGGAAACCUCUCUGCUUAAGAGCUGGACUGGAGAGCCCUGCAUGUGGCAUGGGGUCAUGGAGACUGAUUGGGGAUACUGUUGGUGUACUUUCCACUUUGCUGCCCAACUUACUGAACUAGCUGAGGUGGUCUCUAGUGUGGGUUUGGAUAGACUCAGGACUCUAGCCCUGGGUGACUUCACUACCCAUUUCGAUAAUGCCUCGGAGCCAGCUCAGGAUUUCAUGGGAACCAUGGGACUGCCUCAGAUGGUCUUUGGUCCCAACCCAUAGAACAGGGCUUUGUAGAGAGAGGGGGGGGGGCAUCUGAAUAUGGAGUGAGGGCUUGUCUUAACCCUAUAGUCACUGUCAGAUUGCAUCCUAGUGAAGUUUGGACUUUUGGCAGCAGUCCUACUCUACAGGAGUGAUAACUGAUACAGAUGGUCCAACCCAGAGGAUAAAUGAACCUGGUAGGUUUCUGACUGCUCUGGAGGAUUUUCCAGAAGCCAGAGCUAAUGAUACUGGCAAGUCCCUGCUUUCAUUAUGGGAGAUGAGGAGGGUUAUCAACACAAACACUCCCAAGGUUCGUCUCUGGUCCUGCAGAGUCUGCACUGCUUACCAAGGAGCUGCAGAGUUUACUGAAGAGUUUACUAAGGAUCUGUAGUUAGUGAAACAGACUUGGAGACAACUGGAGUGUUGGUGGCUGAAAACUCACUCCAAAUCGGACACAACUGCAUACCAAGCAGCACUGAGGGCAGUGAAAGAGAACUACUUUGCUGCUUCCUUUGCAUUCUCCAAGAGCCAGCCAGCCAAAUCAUUUUGGGUGGUCUGGAGACUAGUUGUACCAGGGAUGAUGGCUGGACUUCUGGAACACUUGGCAGAAAGUUGUGAGCACUUUGCAUGGCACAUUGAGGAUAAAGUUGCUUGGCUCCAUAGCGCCAUAGAUACCACUGUUGUUGCAACUCCAGCUGAAGUGUCCAGUACAAUGCCUUCUCAGUGGGAUCAAUCACAGUUUAUGUGGCCAGUUGAUACAGGCAGGAUUCUUGCAACGAUGCAACCAACUUUUUCUUUUAUUGACCCCUGCCCAUCCUGUUGUUGGGUACCUGUAGGUGGACACUACGGAGAUUUUAGAGAGUUAUUGUUGCUCUUAUUUUUUGUUGCCUGGCUCAUUACUGGAAGAGCUGAUAUUUCUACUGUGUCCCCAAGACUAUCAGAAGGCUAAUAGUCGGGAUGUACUAAAGAACACGUCCCCCCUCCCUCUUGGAGAGAUCCAGGAACUUUAUAUAAUAAGGAGUUUCAGACUGUCCAAACAGCUGGGAAAUGGCUGGAAUUUAAAUCACAAGAUACUUGGGUUGGCUUUGUCUGUAUCAUGGUACCCAGUUGCAGGACCAAUGAAAUGGCAGUGGCAGAGCUGAACAGAUCUUCUCUGAUGCCAUUGCAUCAACAGAGAUACUCAUAGUUGUGAGGAGACAUUUUUUGUGCAGAAGAAUCUGUCUGUCAAAUGUAGAUUUUUAAAUCAUUGCUGAUUACAAUCACUGGGAUGUGGUUUGAAUCUAAUGCUGCUACAGCAGAGCCUGGGUUGGAGGUGUCACAAGCAGUUGCUUAUCUCAGUUGCUUAAUUGCUUCAGCUUGCCCACCCCUGAAGAAAGUAGACAAGGUGCAUGGAUUUUUGGAGGGCACUAUGUGUACUCUAUAGCUGACUGGUAAAGGGCAUAUGAAUUUAUUGGGAAUUUAUUGAUCAAGGUUGUCAGUACAUCCCGUUACGUGGGAUCGGGGUGUUGGAGCCCAUCUUUUUAAUAAUGGCCUUGUCUGCAGUGAACUAUCAAAUCCAGUACUGAAUUUAGAGAAUUUUGUGUACAAUGCAAGGAUCCAUGGAUAUAGCGUUAAAACUUCAACGAGACCACCUUCACACUGUCAGCAUUUAUAGUACUUGUUAACUGAGAACAUCAUCCUUAACUUAAAUUUAAGAGCAUCUUUUUAACUUGAAGUUCGCUGCCAAAGAACUUAACAGAAAUGCCAAAAAGUGUGAUAAAGAAGAAAAGGUUGAAAAAGCCAAAAUUAAGAAGGUGAGACGUGAAAUUACAUUGGAUGUUCCCCAUAUAUACUGUUUGAUAGUGUGUGAGCAGGAUCUUUCGCUAUGAUGUUAGGAAGUUAUAAAUAAAAGUUUGCACUGUUUAUACACAUCAUUGGUGAUGGCACAGUUGCUGACUGCAAUAUGUUUGCAUUAGAAACUAAAAAAUAAAAUAUUAAUUUAUUGCAAACUAAUUAACAGAAUAGCUCCCCUCCAUCCCCCAACACAUGUUGAUAAUGGUUGAACAUGAAUCCUUGGACUCUAAAGCAGCCAUUUUCAAAGUGGAUUUUCUUCUCUUUUCUUUUUUCCCUUUCCCCAUCCCCCAUCCCCCUUUUUUCCUUUUUCAAGUGGGAGAAUUAAUGAACCUUACCAGCAGUAAAUUUACUGGCCGACAAAGCCUUUAAAUCUACAGUGUCAGUUUUCAUACCCAUCCAUACAGUACCAGCUCCUGCUCAUUCAGAAUCCAGUGUGUGUGUCCAGGAGAGUGGAUUUCUAUAAACUUGGGUAGUGAUGUUACCCCAUCUGUAGCAGAUCAUUUGACAUGAUCUUUAGUUGGACUAUUGGUAUGUGUCUGCCAGCAUUUGCAAAGCUUCGAUAAGCUCUCCUGAGGGACCUGCCAGUUUGGUGUUGUUAAUGUAGAGUGCUGGUCUUCUUCCUGUAUCUUUUUAGACAAUGAGAGCACUGAUACCCAAGGAAAUAAGUGUAAUAGUAAUCAUAUGCCAUCAUCCUUCUUAUUGCCUUGUGUGUACAGUCUAGGUCUGAAAGCUAAGAUUUAUUAGGGUAUAUUUCUUCAUUAGUUGAAAAGCUGUGUUCUGCUUCUCUUUGUUUAAAUAAAAGGCAAUUCAGAAAGGCAAUACUGAAGUGGCAAGAAUACAUGCAGAAAAUGCAAUCCGGCAGAAGAAUCAAGCCAUCAACUUCUUGCGGAUGAGUGCUCGGGUUGAUGCUGUAGCGGCAAGAGUUCAAACAGCAGUAACAAUGGGCAAGGUAAUCAUCAUUGUCAUGUUUUAGCAAGAAACACAAGUUUCCAAAAAACUUGCACUAUGUACAUUUUCGUAAGAUGGUUUGUACAAGGCAGGUCCAUAGACCUUUUGCUGCUAAGUAGAAUUUCAAAUUCUGUGUUAAAUAGAAAUGUUGUCUAUUUGAAUCUCCUGAAGAAGCAGCUAACUAUUGUAACAAUGGCUAGUGUUGUGCAGUUUCAUGUGAUAUUAGUUUAUUUUGGGCUAUAGUUGCCCAAAGUUUCAAAUAAGAAAUGUAAAAAAUGUGGUUACUAUAUAUGUUGUUCUCCUAGGUAACAAAGUCAAUGGCUGGAGUAGUUAAAUCGAUGGAUGCUACGUUGAAAAGUAUGAACUUGGAAAAGGUAAACAAAUAAAUUCAGAAGUUGAGUUUUAAGAUAUUUCCUUUUGUUCCUGGCUUGACAUCAUUUGUGCUCCUGGCUUGACAUCAUUUGCUUAUGUGCAGAUAUCUGCCUUGAUGGACAAAUUUGAGCAGCAGUUUGAAACCUUAGAUGUUCAGACGGCACAGAUGGAAGACACAAUGAGUAAUACCACUACACUAACAACACCACAAGUAAGUAAUAUUGAAGCAGGUAUAACUUGCCAUUAGCAGUCCUAUCCAGCUGCCCCUGGGUGCUUUCUUGACCAGUAUGAGAGACUUUCAGAGAAAAAUAUGGCUGGGCUAAAUAGACUCUGCCCUUAGAGCUGGACCUUCUCUGACUCAGCUAGAGAAUGGAGUCAAGUUUACUCCAUUUAUUCUGCUGACAAAAUAAUAAUAAUAAUAAUAAUAAUAAUAAUACAGUGGUUUUUCACUGGGCUUCCUCAAGUGCUCCUCAACGAUUAUUUAAUGAGGAAAUCAGGAAGAGCUUGGAAACUCUCCUGAGCAGCAGCUUGUCCACCUCCUCUGAUUUUUUGCAGUGGCCUGCUGCCAAUAUGUUUUGGAUGAUGGCAAGACCCGGAAGAUGUGCAGCCUAGAAUAUUUCUCUGAUUCCUCUACAAUAAUUAGGGUUCCUCUGCAGACGAGUCAGUAUGGAAGGUUCUCCUUGAAGACAGAAAGUUAGAAAACCAUUAGUGUAUCUACACUAGGAACUUUGUCAGUAUUAAUUAUCGGGUGUGUGUUUUGUUUUGUUUUAAAGUAGGAAAAGUUAGUAACUAUUUUAGUAGAAUGCUGAAGGCCUUCGAGGUAGUGGCAUCUUCCCUGUGGAAUGCCCUCCCUUCAAUGUCAAUGAGAUAAAGAGCUACAUAACUUUUAGAAGACAUAUGAAGGCAGCCCCAGUAUCAGGAAGUUUUUAAUGUUUGAUAUUUUACUAAGUUUUAUACGCACUGUAAGCCACCCAGAGUGACUGGGGAAACCCAGCCAGAUGGGCAUGGUAUAAAUAAUAAAAUUAAUUUUAGUAGUAGUAGUAGUAGUGGUAGUAGUCUCAGCAGCAGCACCUUUAAGCUUCAAAGUAUACAUGCAAAUGUAGUGAUAGCAUCACUGAAUGAUGAAUAAAAACAAAUCAAAAAUAGGCUUGAGUGUAAUGCAGCACAAUCCUAUGAAUGGUUAUUUGGAAGUAAGAUUUGCUGAGUUCAGUAGGGCUUACCCCACCAAUAAAUAGGCAUAGGCUUGUGCAGAUAACACUAGUUUUAAUUGCUUUUUAAGAAGCUGCAUUUUGAGAGGCCAGAUUUGCUUUGUGAAUGUGUUAGCUCCCUCUAGUGGUAUUCACAGGUUCAAAAAACCGUACAUAAUCUUUUCUAUUACGCUGGAUUCCAUGUCUGUUACAAUGGUAAAACUGAUUUGGUCCUCAUUUUUUUAGAACCAAGUGGACCUGCUUCUGCAGGAAAUGGCAGAUGAAGCUGGGUGAGUGUAAACAUUUGAAGACUGAAACACCAAGUAUUCUAAUGGCAGUGCUUAAUAAGGUUUUAAUGCACUUGAGAUAGCAAUAAAUGCUGCCUUUCCUCUGAUCCAGGAAGCAUAAUGUUAACUGAAUACGUUGCAAUGAUAGUAUAGUGCUGUUCUCUCAGGAAAAAACAUGGCUAUUUCCCCCUUUACCUGGAGGGAGAUAGAUACAUAUAUAAUGUCAAAUACAGUAUCCUUACUUUGACUGAGAGAUCACUAUGAGACCAGAGUGACAGAAAACUACAUGUUGGACUUCUCUGAAAUAACAUGAGUAAGAAAAAACUUGGAACUCUCUAAUAAUGCUAUUUAGUAGCAACAGUGCUAAGCACUAUUUAUUUAUUUAUUUAUUCAUUCGUUUAAUUAUUUAUAGGCUGCACUUUUAAUUAAAAAAACAGCAAAGUGGUAUACCACAUACAAAAUUACACAGAAGUGGCAUAGUCUCCAUCUCAAACCCUACAAAGAUAGAAGAGGGCAAAUGUGAAGGGGCAGAAGAGUAACAAAUGUGAGGACGGCAGAGGAUUAAUGCACCCCUUCAGUGGUGCAGAUAUUUCAUAAAGCUGAUCUCUUAUAUCUUCUACUCUGUUAUUAACUGGCAUAUUACAUGGAGAUAGAAGUGAGCACAACUGGGAAGUUUUCAGCUUGUGGCAAUAAGUGCACCUGAGGUGUGGGGGCUACUAUCAGAAUAACUUCUUGUAUAUUGGUUUCUCUUCUUCUGAACUCUAGCCUUGACCUGAAUAUGGAACUACCUCAGGGACAGACAGGCUCUGUUGGCACAAGUGUUGCUUCAGCGGAACAGGUAAACCCUCUUUUUGCUUGCAUGGUAUUUCUUCCCUAUCACAGGAGUGGGGAACCUAAGGCCCAGGGACCAAGCGCAGCCUUUUAGGGCUUCUCCACCUGGUCCUCAGGACACCCAUUAUCAGUCCUCCUCCACACCCUCCUUAGGUGCAUUGGCUUGGCUGGAAUGUGUGCUUGAUAGCCAGUAAGAUUGUCUCUUCAGUUGGAGCAUUUAGACCAACCUUCCAUAAACUGGUGCCCUCCUAAUGUUUUGGACUCUAAACUCCCAUCAGCAUAUGUUAGUCCAGGUGUAAUCCCAAAACAUGUGGAGGUUGGAGAAAGCUAUUUUAGAUGUACAUGAACUAACUAUUGCAAGCUCAUAGUUUGGCUAGAUCUCAUACCAGGACAAACGAGCUAAGAAGAAGCAGCCUUACUGAUUUUCAUGCCCUCUCAGUUUCAGAGUUUGCUUGUUUUCCUGUUCCUUCCCAUUCCUCUUGCACUGUGUUUAUAACCCUAUACAGAGCUUAGAAGGAGUUAGUACAGGCAACUCCCCCACUUACGCAGGGGUUACGUUCUGGGGCCCCAUGUGCAUAAGUGAAAUUGCAUAAAAUGGUGAGCACCCUCUCUGCCACUCUCGCUUCAGCCCACACAAAAAAUAUUGCAUCCAAAAAUAAUCCACAAUUAGAAUGGACGCUCUGGGAUUGGCAGGAGGCUGGAGGAGAAGUGGAGAAGCUGUUGCUGCGCUACCAUGCACAUCAGCUGUUAGGCAGGGAAGCUGAGCAGCAUAAACAAAGCCCCACUGCACCUCCAAUGUCUUCAGGGCUUCCUCCACCCUCACUGAUGUCCUUUUUGGGCUCCAGGGAAGGUCUCGCGAGCCAUGAGGACUCUCCAGCUCUCUCUUGCCAUUUCCAGGUUUGAAUUGAAUUAUGUAAUUAUUUCCCAGCGCUUCCCUUGAGUCGAUAGGGCAUAAGAGGGUAGUCACCCGUAGUCUUAUAAUUUAGAUGUAGAUCUUCAAGCCUAGCAGAGCUCAGUCUCUCUCUGGUCUGGCUGCUGUUCUUCUAGAAAGUUAAGUCUUUGUCCCUUAAGUAGUGCAUUAAUGAAUGCCUUUUGUUGGUUGGUCUGAAUUCUGCAGGAUGAGCUCUCACAGAGACUGGCGCGCCUUCGUGAUCAAGUGUAAUGGGAAGAGUUGGAUCUGCUAUCUUCUGCAUUUGCUUCCAAAGCAUUCUGUGUGCAUAAAUCACAGCCUGACAUAAGGUCUCCAUCUCUAAUAUUUCCAGUUAGAUAUACUUAAUGGGCGCUUCUCUUUUUGUCCUACUGUGCUUUUAAAAACGUGUUAACCCAAUGGUGAUAUGAACUUCAGUGUAUUUUCUAGUUUUAAGCAUUUUUUAAGUCAAGGGUUAUAUUUUUGCAGAUACUUUUUCCAAGACACAGAUUGAAUUUUGCCAAGUGUCACAUCGGAUUAUCAAUCCGGAAAUAGAGUAGCACCUUUUAACAUAUAUGAUUUUAAGUUAUGUAGCAGGGUUUUAAAUUAUAAAUAAUGUCUCUCCCCCCCCCCCCCCGCAAAAGUGGGGAGUCCCUCAAUAUCUGCGGGGAAAGACCAGUUUGACAGAAUGGUAUAUUUGUUUGUGUGUUUGUGUACUGUUUAAACAUCCCUGGAUAAUCUUUCCAUGGUGUUGCAGAACAAGCUUACUUAUGGAACAAGCUUAACUGUAGUAACACAACAAAAUGAUAGUCGUUAUGCUGUCCUUGUAGCUGGAAUCAUUAGCAUCAUCACUUGAGAACCGAAGGAAUAAACUAUAUUUUUAAACACUCCUGCCUAGAUUAUAUACUGUAUAUAUUACACUCUCCCAGAAAUUUCAGGAAUGCUUCUUAAAUAACUAAUUAAAAUGCUAGCUUUGAAAUGUCAUCUUACAUUGUGGCAAAAUUGUAUUUUAUAUUCUUCUGUUGGUGGGGCGGGACAGCGGAUGUCUCAAAAGUGAAAAUGAACUUGCAUAGAUAAAAGUACAUACUCAAAGUUCUUGCUCAAUCUUGUUUCACAGCUGAGCUUAAAACUAAUGGCAGCUUCUUAAAAAGGCAAUUAAAAAGCCUGCAUUUAAAAUGCAAAUAUCCUGGAUGCUUCAGUUUUGCUAGGAUUUACAAACCUUGAGUGUCAUCUUCUGUUCAAAUCAUAGAUGUCCACAGUGCCCACCAUUUUGAUGUAUCUUCCUUCUAUCAUAAUUAACUAAAACGUUCCUGGGUUGGCUGAAAACAACUACUAAAAAUUGGGCUGGUAUAAUAACUUGCACGUGCCUAUUGGUGCAAAUCUCAAAACAGUCUUUGUGCAACUUAGGAGUGCAGUGUUUAAUGAGGCCAUCAGAUAGGAUGGAGGGCAGUGUGACGUGGUACAAAAGAGGACAAGGAGAAAGAAUGCUGUUUGGGCAUGUUAAAAAUUCCUACCCUUGAUUUCUGACUUGUAGGCAUUUUCUUUGUAUACAGCCAGAAAUGUGAAAGUCCAAACAGUGUGCAAAACCAAAAAUUAUAAAGCUGUCUUCCUGGUGAAGCAAAGGUAACAUGCAUCUGAAGGAAAACCUCCCAUCUUUAAUUCUGUUCAUUGGCAUCCUUUCCCAUUGUUUUCUUUCCCCCUAUGAAGCCUUGUCGGCUAUGGGGCUGGGGUAUAACUGGAGAGAUCAACUUUCUGCUGCUACACGGCAGCAGCUGCUGCUGCUGCCCUUCUAUACAAGGGCCAGGAUGUGUGAAAGGGUUGAGAAGACUAGAAGUUCCUCCUGUACAGACAACCUUUACAGUGACAUUUAUUGAUUGCACUUUGUGUGUUUCAGGAUGGAAUUAAAAAUAUAGUUUAUAGCCCUUAAACUCAGGCCUAUUUUUAAAAGCAACGUUCUGUUGCUUUUGUUGAGACAUUGCAGUGAGAUUAGGUACAAAUCCAGCAGAUUUAUUCCCUCCGACCCCUCCCUUAAAAAAUUGUGUUACUUUUUUCAAACAGGACACCUCACUGGAAAAUAUAUUACAGUGGUAUCUUGGGUUACAAACACCUCGCGUUACAGACUCCGCUAACCUGGAAGUAGUACCUCAGGUUAAGAACUCUGCCCCAGGAUGAGAAUAGAAAUUGCGUGGCUGCAGCGGGAGGCCCCAUUAGCAAAAGCGCGCCUCAGGUUAAGAAUGGUUUCAGGUUAAGAACGGACCUCCCGAACGAAUUAAGUUCUUAACCAGAGGUACCACUGUAUUAUACUACAUUUUUCUCCUCCUGGGUUGCUCAGAGUAGUAUACAUUGUUCUCUGUCUUCUUCCUUUAUUCUCACACUAAUCCUCUAAGGUGGAAUAGACAGAUGGUGACUGACCUAGAUUCAGCCAGAGAGCUGCUUUGUGGUUGAGUGAGGAUUUAAACCUGGUCUGCCUGAUCCUAGUCUGACACACUAGAAACUGGACCACAGUGCGUCUUUGUCUUGGUAUUGCUCACUGCUUAAUAUUUUCUGUAGUAGCUUGCUUUUGGAUUUCUGUGUAAUCAUGAGAACAAGCAGCCGGUGUAUUUUUAAAAUGCUCCUUUUUCCUGCCUGCCUUUUUUCAAUGGAACCAGCAGAGGGAAGUAGAAGACCUAUCUUUUGAUGGGAAAGGUUUGCUUAAACAGCAAAGGCUGGGUACUGCAAAUAUAUAUUUCCCCUUCUGUCUGGCUUAGAGGGUCUGUUUAAGAAACCGGAGCUACUUGCUUGUUCUAAAUUUUAGGUUAGAUGCCAUCACUCCUUUGGUCAUUUUUUAAAAACCAAGAUUUUGAUAAUUCAUGAAAAUAAGAUAAUGUAUAUUGAUGAUUGAUUGGUUAAUUUCUUUAUCACUUAAUAUAUUAAAAAUAUCUCUAUGUCACAUAAUAAGCUUUUUUAAAUCUCUCAAGCUGUAUAGAAAAAACUGAAGCAACAACAGACAACUUAAAAUAUUACAAAAAUACACGGUUACAUAUAAAAAUAUUACAUUAAUU